AAUCUAUAUCCAUAGCGCAGUGUUUAUUAUUGCAAGCCAAGAUGUAACGCAAUGUGCAAUAUAUAUUUAGACAUGUGUUAGAUCACCGCGCUACGAUUAUGUCUUAAUGCUAUUAGUCCGUGAUGUUUACAUGAUGGCAUAGAAUUAAGUGUUUAUCAGCUAUAACACUGUGCAUUACAUCUGUAUAGAGCUGUUUAUUGCUCUAGUGUCGCUUAUUAUAUGUCUUUUACAACCUAUCGCACGAUGGACAAUGAUGUUGUUAAGAAGAAGUGUACCAUUUUAAUGGUAUCUGAGUUUUUUUAUCCAGAUGUCGGUGGCAUAGAGACUCACAUUUGUGCACUAUCUACACGUUUAAUGGAAUUAGGUUACCGUGUAGUGAUUGUUACACGCCAGUUUGGUGAACGUCGUGGUAUACGAUACAUGUCAAAUGGUCUGAAGGUAUACCACAUACCAACUUUAUUUAUUGUAAGACCAUGUGGAAUUCCAACCUUCAUUGAUACAUUGCCACUAGCGCGUAAUAUUCUUAUACGUGAGGCGGUUGAUAUAGUCCACAUUCAUCAGACAACAACUCGUUAUGGAUCAGAGUUUAUAUUUAUUGCUUAUGUAAUGGGUCUCAAGACUGUCUUCACUGACCAUAGUUUAUUCAGCUUUAUUGACUUGGGUCCAACUAUACUUACUCUGUAUUUGAAAUCGCAAUCUAUAAUACUGAACCACAUUAUAUGUGUCUCAAAUACGCACAAGGAGAAUCUCGUCCUGAGAACUCAUACGGAUCCCAAUAGGAUAUCGGUAAUUGGCAAUGCUAUUGAAUCCGAUGCUUUUAAACCGCGCUCCGAGCCUAGGAACGAUGAUAAAAUUGUCAUUGUGGUCAUUAGUCGUCUAACUGCUAUAAAGGGUGCCAUGCUACUGAAUGCCGUAAUACCUAUAGUUUGCCAUCGUCAUGCUAAUGUAAAUUUCAUUAUAGGAGGUGACGGUCCUUAUUAUGCAUCUAUUGCUGAGAUCAUUGAUAAGCAUUACCUUCAUGACAGGGUAACUUUACUUGGUACUGUUCCAAACCACAAGGUGAACGACGUAUUGAUAAAGGGUGACAUAUUCCUCAAUACUUCCAAGAGCGAAUCGUUUUGUAUUGCUAUAUUAGAGGCUGUUUCAUCUGGUUUACUGUGCGUGGCAACUCACGUUGGGGGUGUACAUGAAAUAUUACCACGUGACAUGGUGUUACUUUCUAAUUAUUCUCCUGAAAGUGUUGCGGAUCGUAUAGAUGACGCUAUCAAGUUGUUACCUAGCAUUGAUCGUUUUGAAUUUCACAACCGUGUUCGUGAGAUGUAUUCAUGGCAGCGUGUCGCUCAGCAGGUUUCGGAUAUAUACCAAACGGUGUUAUCACGCCCUAGCAUCCAUCCACUUGAUUUACUCAACCAUUAUUGGAGGCCUACUACAUCAUUUCGUCCUAUAUUUAUUAUCAUGCUUGUGGCUUUGUAUUUGAUACUUUGGAUAACUGAUAUAGUUUCACCUAGGGACGAAAUUGAUAUAUCUCCAGAUUGGUCAGCGUGCAUGGUUAACCACUAAUUCAAUGUAGUCUACCUAUGGGCAUGUCAGCCAUCAACUAUU